AUGGCUUGUGAAAACUAUCCUUAUAGAGUUACCAUCGCCGGCGAUGCAGAGCCGGUUGGAGCCGUUCUUUUCAAGGUUGGCUCUCACUCAGCACUAAGGAGUUCAUUGAAGCAAAAUCAGACUCAGCUUUUCAACUUCUCUCUUUAUUUUCCCACAUUUAUGCGUGGCAAAAACGAUGUGUAUGCAUUCUUGAGUGCCAUUGAAACGCUGCACGGUCUCAAUGUUCCCGUUGACCUAAUAUUUGAGCAGAUCAAACCCUACGCUGGUGCAGAUUUUAUUUGA